GGCGGAAUGGGUGCUCCGUUGUUGCCCCGGGCCUGGCAGCUGUAUCUCAAGGACCACCGCAUCUCUACGUUCAAGAACUGGCCCUUCUUAGAGGGCUGCUCUUGCACCCCGGAGCGGAUGGCCGAGGCUGGCUUCAUCCACUGCCCCACUGAGAACGAGCCUGACCUGGCCCAGUGUUUCUUCUGCUUCAAGGAGCUGGAAGGCUGGGAGCCGGAUGAUGACCCCAUAGAGGAACACGAAAAGCAUUCAUCUGGCUGCGCUUUCCUAACCGUCAAGAAGCAGUUUGAAGACCUGACGCUCAGUGAAUUUUUGAAGCUGGACAAAGAGCGAGCCAAGAACAAAAUUGUAAAGGAAACGAGUAAUAAGCAGAAAGAGUUUGAAGAAAGUGCCAAGAGGGUGCGCUCCGCCAUUGAGCAGCUGGCUGCCCUGGAGUGACG